AUGGUGUUCGACGCCAUCAAGGCUCUCAAGGAGAGAGGAGGUUCGUCCCUCCCUGCUCUCAAGAAGCAGAUCAUGGCCACGUACCCCAGCCUCAACUUCACCCCUCACCAGAUGAGGAGCGCUCUCAAGAAGGGCACCGAGUCCGGCAAGUUCAUCAAGGUGAAGAGCUCCUACAAGCUCAGCCCCGAGGCGAAGAAGCCCGCCCCCAAGAAGAAGGUCGUAAAGAAGAAAGUGGUCAAGAAGGUCGUGAAGAAGAAGGUCGCCAAGAAGAAGCCGGCCGCCAAGAAGCCUGCGACUAAGAAGACCCCUACCACCACCAAGAAGAAGCCCUCCACCCCUAAGAAGAAGGCUGCUCCCAAGAAGGCUUAAGCGCCAGCGACAGCGACGUAUGUGGAUAGGUCGAGAAAGCCCCCGUCCCCUUCUCUCUUGGCUCCAACCGCAUCCUUUGUCGAAGCUUGACCCCCAGCAUGCCGGAGGGUGCCAUUUCCGCCCUCUGGCCUUGUAAGGCCUGCAUGCAACCAACCACCUGGUGUUUACUCAACACCACCCAGAAAUCAAGAGGGAAAUGCCGCUUUUCAUGUUGUGUAGACUGCAGGCGUGGUUUUCGUGUGUUCGCCACUGGUCAGAGACUGCUGUGAAGUUCACCGUCUGUCCUACGAGGCGACUGGAAAGGUCGGGACUGUACAGAUCGCCGAUGGCCCCGGAUACGUGAAGUUGUUGCCUACCUCCCGGUCGAGGCGU